AUGAAAGCAUGCGCACUUCGUAAGCUGUCUGUUACUAUUAGUUUUGACUUUGUUGCUCCAUUUGCCAAUACUACACAAAAGUCCUCCCGUUCCCCUGAUGACAAUGACACUUCUUCUGUUGGUCGUGGUUCAUCUAAAGGUCAUGGGGGGCAGUUUGGAAGUGGUCGUGGGGGUCAUGAUGGAGAAGAUCAAGAACUCCAAUUAUUUGACUUUGAUAGUGUCAAAAUGGCUACCAACAACUUCUCAUUUUGCAACAAAAUAGGAGAAGGAGGUUUUGACAUUGUUUAUAAGGGGAAUCUAUCAACGAGACAAGCUAUAGCAGUCAAAAGACUUUCAAGAACUUCAGGACAAGGAAUGACAGAGUUCAAGAAUGAAAUUAUGUUAAUUUCUAAACUUCAACACAGAAACCUUGUCAAACUUGUUGGUGUUUGCAUUGAAGGAGAAGAAAAGCUUUUGCUUUAUGAGUACUUGAGCAACAAAAGCUUGGAUAAAAUCCUAUUUGACCCAUCAAAACAAGCAGAAUUGGAUUGGACUAAGCGCUUUAGGAUUAUCAAGGGAGUUGCCUGUGGACUACUUUAUCUUCAUCGUGAUUCUCGGUUAAAAGUCAUUCAUCGAGAUUUGAAGGCAAGCAAUAUUCUCUUAGAUGAACACAUGAAUCCAAAAAUUUCAGAUUUUGGCAUGGCAAGGAUCUUCGGCUGGAAGCAGGAUCUAGCAAAUACUAAUAGAGUGGUUGGAACAUAUGGCUACAUGGCACCAGAGUAUGCCUUGGAAGGGGUAUUUUCUGAAAAAUCUGAUGUCUUCAGCUUUGGUAUCUUGUUAUUAGAGAUUGUGAGUGGAGUAAAAAAUAAAAGCUUUUUUCAUGAUGAACAACAUCUAAGUCUACUGGGCUAUGCUUGGCAAUUAUGGAAUGACGGCAAGGGAAUGCAAUUGGUUGAUCAAAGAGUAAUUAAUAGUUGUGAUCAACUUGAAGCAAUGAGAUGCAUCCAUAUAGGGCUCCUAUGUGUGCAAGAUUACGCGGUGGACAGACCAACUAUGUAUAAAGUAGUUUCCAUGCUUACUACUGAAACAACUCUUACUCCUCCAAAAAUGCCAUUAUAUAUUCGUGACAUGACUAACGUUAGUUUGGAUUCAUAUGGUAGUGAUCUAAACUCUACAAAUGAAUGUACGAUAACAGUCAUUGAGAGCCGAUAA